UUUUAAAAUAAUGGAAGUAUAAACACGGUGAUUUUAAAUAAUCUUUUUCAACAUUUUCAGUCGUUAGAAUACACCGAUGUCAGACUAAAAGUGAACGCUCAAGUCAGUCAGACAGAAAAGUUCAUAGCUUUCCUUUUAAACUACUGAUUGGCGGGUUUCUUAGCUCCAAUUGACCAGAAUCUUUGAAGCAGAACACUAAGCUUCAAUAUCAUACUAGAGGGAUUACCCUGUUUAUUCCGGAUAUAUGUUCUAAGAUGAGAAGGCUGGAACUGUGUUGACCGCUCUCAGGAAGAAAAAUAUAUAUAAAAACAGCAGAGCGGAAGGAGGGCCAAAAUGAACAGGAAACUUAUUUUUGUGAUUUUCGUCUUGGCAGCAUUUCUGGUUCUCGCGGAAAGUGGACGAAGAAGACGUCGUCGUCGUAACUGUCCCAGAACAGAUGAGGAUUCUAACGGCGACCAUUGGUGUUGUGACGUCAAAACCAAGAAUGUGACUCACUGGGACUUGUUUUGGUGGCCCUGUGACGAAAUCGAUGCUCUCCAAGAGGACUAUGGCGACGAGCAUCCAUCCGAAGAAGAAUGGAAUUGGUGUGGAACGGAUGGAAGUGACCGGAGGCGCAGGUCUUCGGGAAUGUCCUGGUAUAACCUUUGCCCUCUCUGGGUUGCUUACAAUGUCACUGUUAGAUACAACAGCUGGAGUUGUUGUCCAGGGUGGAAUGAAGAUGAAUACGGCUUCUGUUCUGUCGCGGAGAGUGGUACUGGUCCUUUAUAUUGUGAUAAUGGUGGAUCCCUUAUUGAUAACUCGUGUGUUUGUCUUGAUGGGUUCAUAGGAACUCACUGCGAGACGCCUGUUUGCAAACCAGACUGUCAAAACAAUGGCCAUUGUGCAGCUAGAGAUGGAAAGCCAAUUUGUGUUUGUCCCGAAAAUUUUGGUGGCGAUCAAUGUCAAACACCCAUCUGUGAAAAGCCAUGCCUGAAUGGCGGACUCUGCGUUGCAGACGCGUGUGAGACUAGAUGUCGCUGUAAAGCCGGAUACGCUGGCAAAUUCUGCGAGAUAGUUAUAAAAGAGGGCGACUGUCCAAUCAGCAUGCCCAGUAACACUUGUGGUCAAGGAUGCAGCACUGAUAACGACUGCGCAGGCGUCAACAAAUGCUGUUUUCACCAAAGCUGCGGUUUCAAUGAAUGUAUGAAGCCAAUCAACUCGAGUCGCUGUGUUUACAAGAAUCAUACAUACAAUGUCGGAGAGCAGAUGAAGAAAGACGACUGCACUACUUGUAUUUGCCAGGGAGAAGGGAUGUCAUAUGACCCUUCUGGUUUUGACUGUUACACCAUUGACUGUUUCGUCACUUCCUGUCCUGAUGGAAUGGUGUAUAGAAAUAUCCCAGGGCAAUGUUGUGGGCAGUGUGAAGGUAUGCCAUGCUUAAGAUUCAAAG